GCCCGCGAAGAACAAGAAACACAUACCGAGCGACGGAGAUUCACUGAAACAGCAGCGAUAGGGUAGGGUCGGUCUGGUCGGAACAAAUAGAGCCUUCAAAAAUCGAUGUCUUCUUUUGAUGAUGAUGGCUACUUAGGCUACGACCCUCGCCUCGCUUCCCACCAAUCCCAGUCCUUCGACGCCGACUCGGUCAAGGACUCGGUAGCUGAUCCCCCUCCGAUGUUCAACAAUCAGUCCCACGGUACUGGUGCAGAUGUCGUAUUCUCAUCUCAAUCGAUGCCCGAAACACCUUCUCUACCUCCGAUCUACGGUGGCGGCGGUGGACACUCUGCUUUCUCAUCGGAGCAGAACGGAGAGGGAGUCAACGGAGAUCAUUCUGGAGGAUCGGAUGGGCCGACCUUGCCUCCACCAGCUGAGAUGGAGCCAGAAGAAGGCUCUGCUUUGAGAGAGUGGCGCAGAAAGAACCUGAUCCGACUGCAGGAGAAGGAUAAGAAGGAGAAGGAGAUGGUGGAGCAAAUAAUAAAGGAAGCAGAUGAGUACAAAGCUGAAUUCUAUAAGAAGAUAAGUAUAGCUGCAGAAAACAACAGAACAUCCAACAGAAACAAGGAGAAGAUAUACGUAGAAAACCGGGAGAAGUUCCAUGGCGAGGCGGAGAAAAAUUACUGGAAAGCAAUUGCAGAGCUCGUCCCUCACGAGUUGCCGACUAUAGAGAAGGGAAAGAAGGAUAAAGAAAAGCAACCUUCCAUCGUUGUGAUCCAGGGACCUAAGCCCGGAAAGCCAACUGAUCUCGCAAGGAUGCGAAAGAUACUUGUGAAGCUCAAGCAUAAUCCCCCUCCCCACAUGAACACAAAACCCCCACCGCCACCAGAGGCCAAGAAAGGUGCUCCCGGUGGUCCUCCUCCACCAAAGGUGGCAGCUGCAACUAAUCCGGAGUCGAUUGCUGCUGCCUGAGGGUCGAGAAUGAAG